UUGAGAAUUACAACUCGGAGCGAAUCAUGAGGAAGAAGUACUAUAAUAUGGUGGAGGACAUGAAAGGUAAAAUCAGGGUGUUCUGCCGUAUAAGGCCCCUGAACAGAACGGAAGCAAGCAGCGGGAGCGGGCCUGUGGUCGACUGUCUGGACGAGUACACCGUUGCCGUGGAAACCACGCGGGGCUUAAGAGAGUUCCAGUUUGAUAAAGUUUUCAGCAAACUGAGCUCGCAGGAGGAGGUCUUCCAGGACACAAGCAGGUUGAUCCAGUCAGCAAUAGAUGGCUUUAAUGUCUGCAUCUUUGCAUAUGGACAGACUGGGUCAGGGAAGACCUUCACUAUGAUAGGUGACAAAGAUCUGAAGAACCCUGGCAUUAUGCCUCGAGCAUUCCAGAAGAUAUUCGAUAUUAUCCAGGAAAACAUGUCCAAGUUUGAUAUCAAGGUCUCAGCCUACAUGCUGGAGCUCUAUAAUGACCGCCUUCUGGACCUCUUUGUCAGCCCCGCCGAAGCUUUCAGCAAAAAGAUCGAAAUUAAGAAGGACAAAAAGGGUCUUGUUUUUGCUCAGGGAGCUGAGACUAAGGGGGCAGCCAGCGCAGAAGAGCUGUUUGCGCUGUUUGAACAUGGCUGUGCAAACCGGCAUAUCGCAGCCACAAAGAUGAAUUUGGAGAGCUCCCGCUCCCACCUGAUCAUUGGGAUCACCAUUGAGAGCACAAACCUGACGAACGGAAGCAUUACAUUCGGGAAGCUGAGCCUGGUGGAUCUGGCGGGAAGUGAGCGCGCAGCCAAGACGGGCGCCAAAGACGACCAGCUCAAGGAGGCCAACUCCAUCAACAAGUCCCUGAGUGCCCUGGGAGAUGUGAUAUUUGCCCUGUCCACCGAGCAGGCCCACGUCCCCUACCGCAACAACAAGCUGACCCAGCUCAUGCAAGAUUCGCUCGGCGGCAACGCAAAAACGCUCAUGUUCGUCAACAUCUCGCCCUCCGACUGCAACACGGAGGAGACCCUCACCUCUCUGGCUUAUGCAACGCGAGUGAAAGCAAUAACCAACAACGCACAGAGAAACUGGGAGAGCAAAGAGAUAGCUCACCUCAAAGAGAUAAUCCUGAAGCUGAAAUCGGGGCAACCAAUGGAGGAGGAGGUGUAA